UUCAAACUCCGCAACGUCUCCCAAGCUUUUCCAACGGCCAUAACUGUAUCUUCCUCUUUCUACCUUUCUCUCUCUUGUUCCCAAGCCCCAUCAUCCAUUGCUCACUCUCUCUACACCCUGCCUUCUUCUCUCCCUCUCUCUCUCUAGCAGCUCGAUCCUUGAUAUUAGUCCUAAUGGCGACUCCUGCUGCUUCAAGAACCCCCAAAACAGUUAGGUUUUCACCUUGUGUAAGGUAUUUCCCAUCAGGUUCAGAUGCUAAGAUCAGGGUUAUAGUAAGGAUCAGGCCUUUUCUAGCCUCUGAGAUCAAGGCAAGUGGAGGAAACCCAAUCCCCUGUACAUUCAUUCCUAAGCCAGAAGGGGAUCGUGGGCAAGAAGUUACUCUGUGCAUUAAAGAUCAAGAAACCAGCCGAAGAGAAUGUUAUAAAUUGGAUUCCUGCUAUGGCCAAGAUGAGGAUCUGGCUUCAAUUUUCUCAAGAGAGGUCAGGCCCAUUUUUCCAGGGCUUUUUCAAGGAAUUAAUGCCACGGUAUUUGCCUAUGGAGCAACAGGGAGUGGAAAAACUUACACAAUGCAGGGUGCUAACAAUCAGCCAGGCCUUAUGUUCUUGGCCAUGUCUGAAAUUCUUUCCAUAUGUGAAAGAACAGGAAGCUCUGUGAAGCUGUCAUACUAUGAAGUAUACUUGGAACGAUGCUACGAUCUCUUAGAACCAAAAAUGAAGGAGAUUAUGGUUUUGGAGGAUCACAAUGGGCAAGUGCAGCUCAAGGAUCUCUCUCAGGUUCCAGUAAAUUCCAUGGAGGAGUUUAGUGAAAUAUUUGCUAAUGGCGUUCAAAGAAGAAAGGUUGGGCAUACUGGUCUGAAUGAUGUGUCGAGUAGAAGCCAUGGGGUUCUGAUGCUGUCUAUUACUGCCUUUGAUAAAGGUUCUGGAAUUCCUAUAGUGGGAAAGCUGAAUCUCAUAGACUUGGCAGGUAAUGAGGAUAACAGAAGAACAUGUAAUGAAGGGAUCCGUCUUCAGGAAAGCUCGAAAAUUAACAAGUCACUCUUUGCUUUGUCAAAUGUGAUAUAUGCCUUGAAUUGCAAUGAGCCACGGGUCCCUUACAGAGAGAGUAAAUUGACCCGAAUUUUACAAGAUUCUCUUGGCAGAGGAAGCCGGGCUGUAAUGAUCGCCUGUUUGAAUCCAUCAGCAUACCAAGAAGCUGUUCACACUGUUAGCUUAGCUGCUCGCUCUCGACAGAUUGUUAACUAUGCUCCAUCAGAUGGGAGGCAAGACACUCCAAGGCCCAUAGUUGAUAUGGAGGAAAGGCUUCGAGCUUGGCUUGAAGCUAAAGGCAAGACCUUGACCCAUAGUUCACAAAAACAUAGAUCAAUUUUCUCCCCAGUUCUGCGAAAAGCUCAGACUCCUCUUGGCUCUGUGAGGGGUUUCAGUAAUUCUCGGUCCUCUGUCAAGUCUAGGGCUACCAGUGAAGCAGUGUCUUGUAUGAAAGGAAGGAAACUAUUUGACUCACAAUGUGCCAUUACCACAGCUAUGAAGGAGGUUGCAUUAUCAAAUGCUUCUGCAGUUGGAGAAUUGUGUGCAUUGGAUAAGGAUGCUACUUUUGAAAAGUAUAUGAAAUACAUAGAAAAGGUGGACAACUCCAUCCCUGAUGUCAAUGUAUUAGACUCAUCCAAGGAGAGCUACUCCCUUCACAAUUUAACUACCAAAGAACGAUCCUUACAAAAUGAGGAGAGCUACCCCCAUCACGAUUUAACUAUCGAGGAGCCAACUUUACAAAAUGAGGUGGUUGCAAUAUCAAAUGCUUCUCCAGUUGCAGAAUCGUGCACUUUGGAUAAGGAAAACUCUGCAUUUUAUGGUUUAACUGCCAAAGAGCAGUCUAAACAAGUUGAGAUAAUAUGCAAUGAGGGUCAUAAAGAGGAUCUGGGCCAUACUUGCUGCUUAAAUCAGCUCAAGCCAUUAACAGGCCAGAUUUUAGACGAGGAAAAUGUGAUGACUCCAUCUAUUACCUUUAAAUCAUCCUCACCAGCAAAUAGCACAAAGUCCAAAACAGCUCAAAAACAAGCAAGAAAUGCUCUUUCUCCCAUCCGCUCCAAUAUAACUUUAAAUCCAUGGGAAGAUUAUUCAAUUAGUGAGCCUUUGACUCCAAAUACAACCUAUGUGGUUAACGACAAGGAUGAGAAGUUAUGUAAUAGCACUCCAUUUGAUAAGUUCAAUGAAAGGAGCUCGGGCAUUAAGAACUCACUUGUUCAAGAGUACAUUCAGUUUCUAAAUACUGCUCGCAAGGACGAGCUUAUGAAACUGAAGUGGAUUGGAGAAAAGAGGGCAGAUUACAUUCUGAGAGUUAGAGAGGAAACACAAGAGCCAAUCAAAGAGCUUUGUGAUCUGGAGAAGAUAGGCCUUUCCUCUAAGCAGGUGCAAGACAUGUUUCGAAGGGUCGCAAGAGGUAUUUUUUCCUGAACCAUGGUUAAAGGUUUUAACCGUGGUUGGCACUAUGAAUAUAGCUUCCUGAACCAUGGUUAGCUCCAUGGCACUUGGCUAUCUCUGAUCUACAGUUUCAAACGUGCAAGCAUUGCUAUAAGAUGGUACUAUCACAUGCCUAGCGUGGUGUAUUGUAGUCUGAGACCCAUCUGACCUGCUGAUUGAAAUCAGCUGGUAACAUGGUUUGAUAGAAGCUUUAGGACCAAAUGGUAUUGUGUAUGUAAUAUGGUGGGGUGAGAAGGCUAGUAACUUGUAUAUCUUGUUUUCCUCCUCUCUUUCUUAUUGAGAAUUAUGCAUGUACUCAUUGGGAUUCCGAAGUUUUCUAGAGUUGCUUCUGGAUUUUUUUUUUUUCUUUUCUUAUCACGGUUGUAUGAAAAUUUCUUGCUUUUGGAUCUUUAUGUAUUUCUUCUUGCAUUACCAAUAUUUGAAAAUUAGUAUUGCGGGGCUCUCUA